AUGGGUAAGAUAAGAAUUCGAAUAUUUUUUUCAACUUUUUACGUAAAAUUUCAAAUUGAAAUAACGCUUUUAAACUAUUUUUUAUUAUCCUUGGCCGUGUUUUUAAUUUUUUUCAAUUUAAAUUUUUAUUUUUUUUGAAUUUUAAUUUUCGCGCCAAAUUUCAAAAAUUUUUUGAUCGUCGUAUUUUACAUUUUUGGUCAAUUUUUAAGCUUAUACCCUAAUUAAAUUGAAAUUUCAGCACAAAUGACAUAUAAAAGAAUAGGCUGGUUAAUAUUAUGGUUAUUCAAUGUUACAGUAUCUACAGUAAACGGUGUUUCAUUACAAGACCGAUUAGCUUGUACGAAUGGUAAUGUAUGUCGUGUCAAUAAGGAUCAUCUCGAUUUCUUUGUGCUUGGAGAUACUGGAGGUAAGAAGAAACUUUCUUUACAACUGUUUUUUGGAAAAUUGUUGGGGAAACCGCAAUAACUUUCUUUACAAAACAAAAAAUGACAAGAAUUUUCUUUACAAAGCAAAAAUGGCAAGAACUUACUUUUCAAACCAUAAAAUUGCAAUAACUUUCUUUACAGAACAAAAAAUGGCAAUAACUUUCUUUACAACGCAAAAAAUGGAAAGAACUAUCUUUACAAAGCGUAAAAUGGCAAUAACUUUCUUUACAAUGCAUAAGAUGACAAGAACUUUCUUUACAAAGCAUAAAACGGCAAUAACUUUCUUUACAAAACAAAAAAUGGCAAGAACUUUCUUUACAAGCCACAUAAACUUUAAAAACAUUAAUUUUAGGAAUCUCAUUUGACGUAACAUCAAACUACCUCAACUUUAUAAAGGCAACAGAGGCUCAGCAACGGUUGGCAGACUCUAUGGCGGACUUGGCUGGCCGCCAAAAACCAGACUUUAUCAUCAAUGUGGGCGACAAUGUCUACUUCAAUGGAGCUGAAACUGUGUUUGACUCAAGGUUUGAUGUAAGUUAAUAUUGAAAAAACUUAUCGACUUUUAAAAAUAGCAAAAACUUUCUUUACAACUUUAUUUUUGCUAUUUGCACCCAAACGGACUCGAACCCGGCUGACUUUGACAAUUCAUAACUACUGUAGUUCUUACAGUAACUUCAUAAAAACUUACUGUAAUAUUUAUCAGACUAUGCGAAAUGUAAUUGUUUAACUAAAGUUUUUAUAAAACCGCAAUAACUUUCUUUACAGCUUUUUUUUGUAUUUCGCAUCCAAGCGGAUUCGAACCUGGCUGACUCGGACAAUUUAUAAAUACUGUGGUUCUUACUGUAAUUUUGCAAAAAAAGUGUCACAAAGUAGCUUUAUCUACAGCAAGGCUUAUAAUUCAUUAAAAACUUUAGAAAUUUGCAAAAACUUUCUUUACAUCCUCAUUUUGUCAACUUGCACCCAAGCGGUUUCAAACCCGCUGACUUUGAACCUGCAUAACUACGGUGUUUCUUACUGUAGUGUUUUGAAACUUUGGGAAAUUAUAGAUUAAAUAAUGCUGAAGCGUUAUCAUAGUUUUUAUUUUUAUAAUAAAUGCAAAAACUUUCUUUACAACUUUAAUUUUUGUUCUUUGCACCUAACAGUAAGUGAAUACAAAUCCCGCUGAGUUCGAAGCGUCAUAACUACUGUAGUUCUAUUUGUAAAUUUUUAAAAAUUCGUAAAAAUGUAGCUUAUAGCAUACACUUUAAUGCGUUCCAAUUGAAUUUUAAAAUUUUGCGCAAGAACUUUGUUUACAACGUUUUUUUGUCUUUUGCAUCUAAGCGGAUUUGAACCCGGGCCAUUUAUUUUUAACUGCCCUAAUCCUUUAUAAUGACAAAACUGAUGUAUACUUUAACAAAAAUAGGUAAAAUUAAUAAAUAUAUUUUUAAAAAUGUCAUAUUUAGACAGUGUUCGAAGAGCCAUACGCAGAUCCACGAUUAGAUGUACCAUGGUAUAUGAUAGCUGGUAAUCAUGACCACCUUGGUAAUAUAUCUGCUCAAAUUGAGUAUACCAAAUACUCAACUAAAUGGUAUUACUAUGACUUUGAAAACUAUUUUUAAUGUUCUUUAAGAAUUUUUGAAAAAAAAUUUUUUUUGAAACUUUUUAAAAUUUUUAAAAUUUUAUUAAAAUUUUGAAAUUUUAAUACGCAUUACCUCAAAUUACGUAUUUUACCUUCCAGGACCUAUCCAAAGCUAUAUUACAAAGCCUCGUACUCAUUUGCGGAUGGUACUCGUACUGUUGACAUACUAUUCAUUGACACAAUAGUACUGUGUGGUAAUUGUAUUGAUGUGAACGGCAGGUCAUUGUUCUCGUGGAUCAUGCAUCGGAAGAAGAUUCCGAAUAAACCGGAUCCGGAAUGGGCUACAGAAGCCGUGGCACAGUGGAAAUGGAUUGAGGAACAGCUGGGUAGCUCACGGUAGGAUUACUGUAGGGUGUAGGGUAGGGUAGGGUAGGGUAGAGUAGAGUAGGGUAGGGUAGGGUAGGGUAGGGUAGGGUAGGGUAGGAUAGGGUAGGGUAGGGUAGGGUAGGGUAGGGUAGGGUAGGGUAGGGUAGGGUAGGGUAGGGUAGGGUAGGGUAGGGUAGGGUGAAGUACUAAAAAUGACAUUUUCAGAGCGGACUACCUGUUUGUAGUAGGCCAUUACCCAAUCUACUCAAUCUCAUCUCACGGUCCAGCUAAAUGCCUGAUCGAUAAGUUAGAUCCACUGCUAAGGAAGUAUCAUGUCAGUGCAUACUUUGCUGGUCAUGAUCAUACAAUACAGGUAAGUAUUCUAGCCCUAGUCCUAACACAGAGCCCAAGCCCAGAGCCCUAGCCCAGAGCUCUAGCCCAGAGCCCUAGCCCAGAGCCCUAGCCCAGAGCUCUAGUCCAGAGCCCUAGCCCAGAGCUCUAGCCCAGAGCCUUAGCCCAGAGCCCAGAGCCCAGAGCCCUAGCCCAGAGCCCUAGUCCGAAGUUUUAGCACACGGCUUUAGUUCAGAGCCCUAGUCCAAAGCCCCAGUCCAUAGUCCUAAUCCAGGGCCUUAGCUUUAGUCUAGAGCCUUAGUCAAUAGUUCUAGUCCAAAGCUCUAAUCCAGAACUUUAGUUCACAGAGUUAGUCCGAAGCCCCAGGCUAAAGCCCUAGCCCAGAUCUUUAGUCCAGAGCCCUAGUCCAGGACCCUAGCCCACAACCUUAGUUCUAGCUAUAGCCGUAGCUUAGCUGUAAAGUUUUAAAUUCUAGUUUUUCCGAGUAGACAACACGUCCAGUCAAUCAACUGCCAGAACUUAUGGGGUGAGCCAAACGACCUCAAAGAAGGAUCAUGAGGUCUUCCUAGGCCGACCCAACUACUACAAGAGUGAUGUCAGUACCAUGCACUACCUGAUAAGUGGUGCUGGUUCUAGGACAGAUUUUAGUACCGAAAACUGGGGCUCCAAUCCAGCUGAGCCAAUUUAUCAGUAAGUCUUUGAAAAAACCGCAAGAACUUUCUUUCCAAAGCAUAUUUUUCAAAAAAACCGCAAGAACUUUCUUUCCAAAACGCAUUUUCCUAUAAGCCGCAAAAACUUACUUUCCAAAAAAUAUUUUUCAAAAAAAAACCGCAAGAACUUUCUUUCCAAAAAAUAUUUUUCAAAAAAAACCGCAAGAACUUUCUUUCCAAAACAUAUUUUUCAAAAAAACCGCAAGAACUUUCUUUCCAAAACCCAUUUUUCGAAAAACCGCAAUAACUUUCUUUCCAAAACUCAUUUUUCGAAAAACCGCAAGAACUUUCUUUCCAAAACGCAUUUUUUUUUAAAACCGCAAGGACUUUCUUUCCAAAACAUAUUUUUCAAAAAACCGCAAGAACUUUCUUUCCAGCUACCCCCGAGACCAGGACGAACCUUUAUGGAAGCGGAUUUUGCACGCUCCAGAACUGGGCUACGGUUACGGUGGUUUCGUGCGCUUCGAAGUUCGAAAUGACACAGCUGAUAUGUACUUUUACGUUAAAGAGCUGGAUAUGGAGUUCCUGGACUACAUCAAUCGACGACCGAACAUUGCUGCCAUCAAAGAUUAG